AUGCCCGUCGGUGGUUGUUUCUGCGGCAAAGUCCGACUCAGUCUGAACGGCCAACCGGUGACGUCAGGCCUAUGCUACUGCGAUGACUGUCGCAAGCUCACUGGAGCACCAUCCACCUACAACUUCAUCGCCAAAUCCUCAGACGUGACCAUCACAGGCACUCCCAAAGAAGUAGCCAAGUCCGCGGAUAGCGGAAACUAUAUCAAAAAUUACUUUUGUCCUGACUGUGGUACGCCACUUUAUGGGCAUAAGAUCAAUCCCGACGGAGAGGCGGAUGGGACCACUAUCAUCCGGGCGGGGAUCUUCGAUGAUGGGCGCAUUGUGAGGGAUCGGAAGCCUGAUGCUGAGAUCUUUACUGAGAGGAGGCCGACGUGGAUCAAUCCGGUAGAGGGGGCUGCUCAAUUUUGUGCUCCUUCGCCUUGA